GGUUGCCCGUCCUUUCCCAAGCUGCGUGUUGAAACACAAAGGCGGAUCCCAUGUCUUUUCUUGUAAGUAAACCCGAGCGGAUUAGGCGGUGGGUGUCUGAAAAGUUCAUUGUUGAGGGCUUAAGAGAGUUUGAACUGUUUGGAGAGCAGCCUCCGGGUGACUCUCGGAGAAAAACAAAUGAGGCGAGCUCCGAGUCGAUAGCUUCUGGCCCUAAAAGGGACACCAUGAGCAACUUCCUACCAGACAGCAGCUGUUACGAGUUGCUCACUAUCAUAGGCAGAGGCUUUGAAGACUUGAUGGUUGUGAACCUGGCCAGGUAUAAACUCACAGGAGAGUACGUCACAGUCAGAAGAGUGAACUUGGAGGCCUGCACGAAUGAAAUGGUCACAUUCUUGCAG